GCAGAGAAGCCUCUCUCGCUCGCUCUUUCCCCCUCCCCAACCGGAAGUAAAGUCUACGUACUUCCGGCGUGGAGCUGGCGGCUGAGGAGUGAGCCAGAAGAGAAGAGUGAGAGAGCUUGAGGGAGACAGAGAGAGUCUGAAGCGCCGAGUCCGGCAACUGAUUUUCCACAAUGUCCUUCAUAUUUGAAUGGAUCUACAAUGGCUUCAGCAGUGUGCUCCAGUUUCUAGGAUUAUACAAGAAGUCUGGAAAGCUAGUUUUCUUGGGUUUGGAUAAUGCAGGCAAAACCACUCUUCUGCACAUGCUUAAGGAUGACCGAUUAGGUCAACAUGUCCCAACACUGCAUCCAACAUCAGAAGAGCUGACAAUUGCAGGAAUGACUUUCACAACGUUUGAUCUUGGUGGCCACGAGCAAGCUCGCCGUGUCUGGAAGAACUAUCUACCAGCAAUUAAUGGGAUAGUCUUUUUAGUGGACUGUGCAGAUCACACACGUCUUAUGGAGUCGAAAGUGGAACUUAAUGCACUAAUGACCGAUGAAACAAUAUCCAAUGUGCCAAUUCUUAUCUUGGGUAAUAAAAUUGACAGACCAGAAGCUAUCAGUGAGGAAAAACUGCGAGAGAUUUUUGGGCUUUAUGGACAGACCACAGGCAAGGGUAACGUGCCACAGAAGGACUUGAACACACGCCCCAUGGAAGUGUUCAUGUGUAGUGUACUGAAGAGGCAAGGCUACGGUGAAGGUUUUCGUUGGCUGUCGCAGUAUAUUGACUGAUAUUGGAGAGACAGAUCUACUCCUGGACUGGUCCUCUUCACAGCUUCCUUAUGGACAUUUCUAUUAGACGUGGAAGGCUCUCCAACCAUAUACUGGCAAUGACCAAGAGACUCCUGUCUUCAGUUACCCUACAUCACAGUGGUGACACAAUUCUUUUUCCUUUGUCUUGGAGAUUACAUUCUGUACACUGGUGCAAGUUGUCACUUCUAGUGCCCAUUGUUUCCAGUGGAAACCAUGGCUUUCAGUUACAAUGGGGCAGGUGAGGUGGAAUGUGGAACUCUGCACUCAGCACUCUAGUGGCUGGAAAAGAGAUCAUGUCUCACCACUGUGGCCAAUUGACUUAAAAGAAAGCAACUAUAUUUUUUAAAGUGUUUAAUGUAAAUUUUGUCCCUUUAGAUUGUUUAAGUUAGCAUUCAUCUUGUUUGGGCCAGAAUCUGUUAGGGUUUUUUUUUUUAAUUAUUUAAUAGUUCCCAAAUGACUGAACCAACUAUCAUGAUAUUCAAAUGGAAAGAUGGGUUUAAUUGCCCUGUAAGAUGGUUGUGCUGUCACACUGUUUGAUCAUGAAGAUGGUGCUGUUGGGACUGAUUUGUGCAAUGGUUUUUCCUCUUUCUUUGACAGAGGUUUUAGUUGGGGGAGGGAAAUGGAUCACUUACAUAGAGAUACACUUGCUCUAGCUUUCCAUGAUGUCAUUAUAUUUAGAAGUCUGAGACAUGGUUAAUCACUUUGGCCCACCUCUAAAAGUUACUGUCACUCUCUUGUCAGCAGGCUUUCUUCUUUGCAGCACCAGUGGGAAGGACUUACGAUGCAAAAUGUUUUGUGUUAGAAGCAACUGCUGAAAAGAAAAACAGUAAAAAUCAUGAAUUUUGUUGGAUUAUUAUAGCAUUAAAUUUUUCCAACAAGUGCAUAUCAUAAUGCUGUUAAUGUAAACUAACCGUGUUUCUUUUAUAUCCAACAGAGCAUAUGUUUGAAGUUUCAUUAGUUGCCUAAACGUUUUCAUUUUCAGUAAAACACACAGGCGUCCUUCUCCUUUAGGGGUGUGUGAUGGUGCUUUAGUUUGAAACUAUUUCUAGUAUUCACUGGCAAAUAUAUUUCAGUCUAUGGGAACAUGUGACUCAGAGUCUGAAAACAGUUGCUUGCCUACUCUGUUACAAAAGAUGAAAUGCAAAAUGGCAGGGUAUCAUAUAUUGUGCCAUGGGCACUUAAUUCUUUUAAAAAGUAUAGUAUUGCUAAGACAUAAUGGUAAAACACAGGAUGAUAUGGUUGUUAGCCACUGUGAUCUAGUAUCUUGUCUGAAACAUCAAAUUUCUUCAAAGACAAAGAAGCCUCUAACAUAACAAUUAACAAUGGAAACUCCCAGAAUUUGUUUGUGAUACUGAAAAUCCAUUUACUUUAACUUUCAAGUCUGCCACUUGUUGCCCAUUGCUUUGUGCUGCCCUUGCGUGUCAAGUGACCACAUAGAGUCCUCUGAAAUACAUAAUGCAUCUGUAAGACAGGAUAAAUUUACUAUUUCUCUGCCAGCAGGAAAAGCUGAAUGUACUGGAAACAUGAUAGUUUAAUUUGUACAGGUUGAUACUGUCUGAUAUGUAAUGGUUGAUGUACUCCCAAGGUAGUUUAAGCUGGAUUGUCAUUGAAAGAACCCUGAGACAGUAGACUAUUCUUGAAAAGGAUGACUAGGCAAUGUCUAAUUAGCAUCAAGCGGGCUCUCUUCCCAUUUCUGCAAUGUUAGUAAUUCUAGAUCUGUUUGCAAUGUCUUAACUUAAAAUGGAUGCAUAUAGCGUCAUUAUUGAGUUCACUUUUAAUCUCUGUAAAUACCUUUGGGUUUUGCAUAAGAAGUUUUUCAAAUCACCUGUGAAUAUCUCCUAGGUCAAAGUGCCUAUGAGUGUGGUGCCAAGGAGUUGUAGUGAACACAACAGUCUACAGUAGCCCCAUAAAUACUGUUGAUCAGAUGCAUAUAAUGUAGCCUCUUCAGUCCUGAGCAUAUAGUUUUCCCCAUUUGGCAAUAUAGUAAAGGGAUCCGGAAUGGAUGUCUCCUCUUGAAAUAAUAUGACUCCUGGUGACUCUUAUCAGAAGUGGCAUUCUCUGAUUCCAUGCUUAAAAAAAGAAGACUCAGUAAACAAGAGCUAUAGGAUUGAUGCCUAUUAUAAACACAGCUUUCUGUGAAGGUGGUGUCCUAACCACUGGAGAAAGCAGUUGUGAAUAGCUCUGACCUGUUUCGUCAUCCCCGCCCCCGCUUGCCAUGUAUAUUGUCAUCAGACAAGUCUAACUCCUCACAGCGUAUGGAUAUAAAGUUUAAUAUAUUAUUUAGAAAUUGGAUUGCAGAUUGGAAAAUUGGGAGAAGUGUGUCAUUCUGUCAGCAAAAUGUUUUAAUUUCCCAUUCCUGGAAACGUUAAACGUGUUUGCAGAGAAAGUUUGUCUGUAUCCAAAACAUUUUAAUAAAAGUUUUUUAAAUACAACAACAA